AUGGCGACCGAGCAGCUGCCACCGCCGCAGGCGGCGGUCAAUCUUAUCGAUCAAGAGAAAGGUCCAGAAGUGGUUUUGGCCGCCGAAGAUCUUCAGUCCGACUAUGGGCGCCGUCCCAAGUGCUUCAACAGUACCCUCCAAGAAUGUCUGUUCGUCUUGACGGCUACAAUGGCCAUUGGCCAACAGUCUUUCUUCCAGGGUGCCAUCGUUGGUGUAACGGCGUCCAUUGGCAAGGAUCUGAACAUGAAUUCUGCGGAGAUCACCUGGAUUAACGCCGGUGCAUCUCUUAGCAGCGGCGCCUUCCUGCUGACAUUCGGCAAACUGGCCGAUAUGUUCGGCCGCAAAUCACUCUUCAUCUUUGGGAUGGCGGGUUUCACCAUUGCCCUGCUGGUCGCCGGAUUCGCCUCAAAUGCAAUCUACAUGGAUGUCUUCUCCGGAAUCCUGGGUCUAUUCGCCGCGGCUGUGGUGCCGCCCGCCGUCGGUGCCCUGGGCGCCGUUUAUGAGAAACCAUCGAAACGCAAGAACCGUGCCUUUGCCUGCUUUAGUGCUGGGAAUCCGCUCGGAUUUGUGGGCGGUAUGAUUAUCUCCGGCAUUGCGUCUAACGAAUACAACUGGCGCGCCUCUUUCUGGGCUCUGUCUGUUGUGUACGCCAUCUUCACGGCGCUCACGCUCUGGACUGUGCCCCCGGAUGGGUUCCAGAGGAAGCCGGUGAACUGGGACUCCAUUAAGCGGAUUGACUUGCUUGGCACGGUCCUUGUUAUUAUUGGGUUUGCUGCGUUUUCCAGCUCGCUCUCAUUAGCAGGCGAUGCCCCCAGCGGCUGGCGAACCGGCUACGUCCUCGCCCUCUUCAUUGUCGGCAUUAUCCUACUGGCGUGCUUUUUAUACUGGCAGUCCCGCGCACGGCACCCGCUUAUGCCCCUCUGGGUUUGGAAAGACCGCAACUUCUCCCUCCUCAUGGCAACAUUCUGUCUCGGCUUCGCUGGCUUCUCAUCUGUAACCUUCUGGCUAUCGCUCUACCUCCAAGAAAUCAAGCACCGCACCGCGCUCGAGAUCACCGUCCGCCUCCUCCCAAUGGUCGUCAGCGGCGUCCUCGUCAACGUAGUUUGCGGCCUAAUUCUACAUCGCGUCAGCAACAAGCUACUCACGGGCAUCGGUGCGCUAGCAUACACAGCCUCAUUCCUCAUUCUGAGCUUCAUGAACGCCGAAACGACUUACUGGGCAUUCAUCUUCCCGGCACUGGUCCUCGUCGUUGUCGGCGCUGAUAUCCAGUUCAACGUCACAAAUAUGUACGUUAUGUCCUCGCUUCCGCCCUCCCAGCAGUCCAUCGCGGGUGGCAUAUUCAACACCGUCAAUAAACUCUGCAAUAACUUGGGCCUGGGCAUUUCGACGUCCGUCUACAACUCCGUUGCCGCCCAGAUGACUGCCGAAACGCCCCGUAUCCGGCCGUAUCUCUCUGUCUACUGGUUUGCUGCGGCGGCGGCGGGCUUGUCUCUUUUCUUGGUACCGUUCUUGACGCUGGGCAUGCAGGGUGGUGACCCUGCUUCGAAGAAGAGUGUCUCUAGUGCGGAUGGGAGUGAUAGUGGAGAGGCUGGGCAGGCUGAGAAGGGGACUGUUGAUGAAUCUGCUACGAAGGAUCCUAAUCCGGACCCGGUAGAUCGAGAUCCGAAUACCGAGGCUGGGGCUGAAGCACUGGAAGGACAGGAAAGGAAAUAA